GACCACACAAGAGUUAAAAUGGAAAAAAUUGCCGGUGAUCCACAUUCAGAUUUUAUUAACGCCAACUAUAUAAAUGGUUAUAGCAAGAAGAAAGCAUAUAUAGCUGCUCAAGGAGCUACAGCUGUAACUAAAAACGAUUUUGUACGAAUGAUCUGGGGUCAGAAAUGCGAUAAAGUGAUUAUGUUAACAAAUUUGUUUGAAAUGGGCAAGCAUAAAUGUGAGAAAUACUGGCCAGAAGAUAAAUCAGAAAUGUUCGGAGAUUUGUAUCUUACAGUUGAAGACGAAUCAGUCAGAGCAAAUUACACAAUUCGUACUAUUAGUAUUUCAAAAAUCAAGUUGCAUGUUCAAUCAUCAAAAAUAAAUUUUCAGGAUACGUCUAAACAUAGAUUUUAUCAAUACCAUUACACCAGCUGGCCCGACCACGAUGUUCCUGAAGUCAACGAUUUAUUAGAUUUUCUUUACACUGUCAAUAAACGACCACCACAUUCUGAUAGACCUAAUAUUAUCCACUGUAGUGCUGGAGUAGGAAGAACUGGUACUUAUAUAGCAGUAGAUAUUUGUCUACAAGACUGCAAGAAAACCGGGAACGUCGAUGUUAUAAAAUGCAUUAAAGAAUUAAGAGAUCAGCGGAAAGGAAUGGUCCAGACUUCUGUGAGUUUUCUCAGUUUUUAG